UUCUCCCGAACUAUCAGAUGGAAAAUAGUUCACACCAGUUCAUACUUUGGAGACUGUGUUCUGUCGAAACUGUUUGACGGAGAAACGAAAAGGGCAUAUCAACAAGUCAAGUUUUGCUUAUGAUCGGGUAUUGUACGACUUAAAGAUGUCAAGAUUCCAUAAGAGCUCAUGGGGUGGCCGCAAUAGAAGAUCCGGUAACUCGGAAGACAAGCAUUAUUUUGGUCAUGAUGAUCGUGUACCAAAAAACAAUGGAGGUAUAUUCUUUUCAAAGAGGCCCAGUUCAUUUCUAAGAAAACAAACAAAAUCACCACAUGAAUUAUUCAAAAACUUGGCUAUAUCGUGCAUGGAUGAUGAUGUUCAAAUGGCAACAGGUUCAAAUAACAAUAAUAGGCAGGUCAUUGUUAGAGGAAGACCAAGAGGUGGUGCAGUAGUUAGAAGAGAUAUGCUUGCCAGAAUUAGACCUCCAAUUCUUGCGGAUGGUUUUGUAUAUAAGAUUGUUAUACCAUAUGGACAUAAAUAUGAAAAAGAAUAUGUAAUAAAUAAUCUCCUUAGUUAUAUGGCACCAGAAACUUUUGUUCCAAUAAUGUAUAAGAUCUUUGGAAACGAAGCAAGUUUUUAUGUCGAUGAUUACAAAUCAGCAAUGGCUAUUCUUAAUUGUAAUCAGAAAAUUACAACAAUAGAUGGAUUUAAACUAUAUGUGAAGGUUUUCCAACCACCAUUUCCACAUUGUGAAGUUGAUAACAAAUUGAAAGAAAAACUGAAACAAGCCAUGGCUAAACGUUACGUAAAUGAAACAAAUGCACUUGACUUAUCGAAGUUUCAUCAAGAUCCAGAUCUUGCUACUGACUAUUUCUAUGCUCUACAUCGACCCUUGUUAUGGAAAACUGUAUUGGAUAUUGUGUCUGAACAUAUACCAAAUCUCGAGGCAUUGAAUUUAGAUGGAAACAGACUGCUGUCAUUGGAUAGGUCAAAUAUUUUGAACAAAAAGUUCCCAAAGUUAAAAAUACUAUACAUUGGAGAUAAUAUGAUAAAAGACAUUAAACAACUAGAGGCUAUCAAAGACUUAAAACUGGAGGAACUGAAGCUGACUGGGAAUCCUGUUUGCAACAAGUAUAAAAAUCGACAAACAGAAUACAUUAGCGAAGUGCGGAAACGGUUUCCCAAGCUCCUACGGCUGGAUGGUACGGAACUUCCAAAACCAAUCUUAUUCGACCUAACGAACGAUGGAAACAAAAUGCCACUCCCUCGAAGAAUGUUUGUUUCGAAUGCUAAAGCACAAAAUAUUGCUAGCCAAUUUCUACAACAGUACUUUUUGAUAUUCGACAGCGACAAUCGUCAGGCAUUGUUAGAUGCAUAUGACGAACACGCGUGCUUUAGCAUGACCACAUCAUGUUCUCACAAUAAUAGUAACAAAUCAAAUAUAUACUUCACGGAAAAUAGAAAUCUGUACAGAGUAAAUAACUCUAGGAGACAAAAAUUAUUGAAGCAAGGAAGAUUAAUCAUAGUUUCAUUUCUUUCUGAAAUACCACAAACUCAACACUAUCUGAAUACAUUCACAAUGGACAUUAGCUUGGCGACAGAAGUGAUGAUGGUAAUCACAGUCACAGGCUUCUUCAAAGAGCUCGAUAAAAAAGAUCAAUUUAUCCGUUACUUCAAUAGAACGUUCAUAAUAGUACCUGAAGGAUCUGGUUACUGCAUUCGAAACGAACAGCUACACAUCAGUAAUGCGAGUAACGCUCAGAUAAAGCACCUGAACAGUCAGGUGACGACACAAGCAAAAGAUUCAGGACCACAAGCCACGACGUCGAGCGGUACCGCCAUAAAACCGCCGGUAUCGUCGCAAUUGUCCGAAGACGUGAAACAACAGAUGACUAUGACGCUCAGUCAACAAACGAACAUGAACUUGGAAUGGAGUCUGAAGUGUUUGGAGGAGGUGCAGUGGAAUUAUGAUAACGCGCUUUCGGCGUUCCAAGAAUUCUUCAAGCGAGGACAGAUCCCACCGGAAGCAUUUAAUAAAUAAGAUGUAUAGUAUGU